AUGUCUUCAUGCAAAGCUAUUGGAAUCGACCUUGGAACCACAUAUUCAUGUGUUGGAGUCUACCAAAAUGGAAAGGUUGAAAUCCUUGCCAACUCCGAAGGAAACAAGACGACACCAUCUUAUGUGGCAUUCACUGACACUGAACGACUCGUUGGAGAUUCUGCAAAAGAUCAAGCUGCACGGAAUCCUGAGAAUACGGUUUUCGAUGCAAAACGACUGAUUGGAAGACGUUUCGAUGAGUCAGUUGUUCAAGAAGAUUGUAAACAUUGGCCGUUUACUGUGAAGGAAAAAAGUGGAAAACCAGUGGUUGAAGUUGAAGUGAAAGGAGAAAAACGUCAGUUCAAUCCGGAAGAAGUCUCAGCAAUGGUACUUCAGAAGAUGAAGGAAACUGCUGAAAAAUAUCUUGGGCAUCCUGUCAAAGAUGCUGUGAUCACUGUUCCUGCUUACUUCAACGACAGUCAACGACAAGCAACAAAAGAUGCAGCUACAAUUGCUGGACUCAAUGCCAUCCGAAUCAUCAAUGAACCAACUGCAGCUGCUCUCGCUUAUGGAUUGGACAAAGGAAUUACCGAAGAAAAGAAUGUUUUGAUUUUUGAUCUCGGAGGUGGUACUUUUGAUGUAUCAGUUCUCACAAUUGCUGAAGGAUCAAUCUUUGAAGUCAAGUCAACUGCUGGUGAUACUCAUUUGGGAGGAGAAGACUUCGAUCAACGAAUGCUUCAACAUUUCAUGAAUGAAUUCAAAAGGAAGACAGGAAAGGAUAUCUCACCGAAUCCACGUGCCAUUCGACGCCUUCGAACUGCUUGUGAACGGGCCAAGAGGACACUCUCUAGUUCAUCGGAGGCAACUGUCGAAGUCGAUUCGCUUUUCGAAGGAAUUGAUUUGUGCUCUCGAAUUACACGUGCUCGUUUUGAAGAAUUAUGUGCUGAUCUGUUCCGUAAGACUCUUGAACCAGUUGAGAAGGCUCUCCGGGAUUCGAAACUUGACAAAUCAAAGAUUGAUGAAGUCGUUUUGGUUGGAGGAUCAACUCGUGUUCCAAAGAUUCAAAAGAUGCUCAAAGACUUUUUCAAUGGAAAGGAAUUAAAUUGUUCAAUAAAUCCGGAUGAAGCUGUCGCAUUUGGAGCUGCUGUCCAAGCAGCUGUACUUUCUGGAGUCAAAGACGACACAAUCAAGGAUGUAUUGCUUGUCGAUGUUGCACCAUUGAGUCUUGGAAUUGAAACUGCUGGAGGAGUUAUGACUAGUAUUAUUGAUAGAAAUACUACAAUUCCAACAAAAGCUUCGAAAACUUUCACCACAUAUUCUGACAAUCAAGCAUCAGUUUCCGUUCAAGUCUAUGAAGGAGAACGUGCAAUGACUCGUGAUAAUCACCGUCUUGGUACAUUCGAACUCUCUGGAAUUCCUCCUGCUCCACGUGGAGUUCCACAAAUUGAAGUCACUUUCGAUAUCGAUGCGAAUGGAAUUCUGAACGUAUCCGCUGAAGACAAGUCAACCGGAAAAUCGAAUCGAAUCACUAUUCGAAAUGAAAAGGGAAGAUUGUCACAAGCUGAUAUUGAUCGUAUGGUGAACGAAGCGAAGCAAUUUGAGAAAGAAGAUGCUGAACAGCGAGAACGAGUCAGUGCAAGAAAUCAGUUAGAGGCAUAUGCAUUCCAAGUGAAACAAGCAAUUGAUGAACAUGGAGCAAAACUUGAAUCUGAAGAUGCGAAGCGUGCAAAGGAUGCUGUUGAUGAAACUUUGCGGUGGUUAGAUGCAAAUUCAUUGGCUGAAAAAGAAGAGAUUGAAGCCAAAGACAAGGAAUUGAAGUCAAUCUGCCAGUCGAUUAUCACGAAGAUGCAUCAAUCAGGACAGCAACCGUCAUCUGGAUGUGGAAACCAAGAGUCUUCUGGAUUCAACUCUGGACCAACUGUCGAAGAAGUCGAUUAA